GUGAGUGAGUGACAAACAUGGAACUGAAGCUGCAGCUCGUCGUCUUCGUGUUAUUCAUACAGGGUUCACUUGCGGUGUGGCAGCGUAUGACUGUGAUAAAAGGUCAGACACUCCACUUAAACUGCCCCAUUAGAAACGCUCACAAGAACACUGUGGAAUGGAAGAACCCUGAAGGAGAGAUAAUGUUUUUCAACCUGAUUGAAGGUGAAGCUUUGAGGGACAAGCGGUACAGCAUCGACAAACUUUCCCAGACUGAAUUCAGCAUCAGUGUUUCCGAUGUCACCUUCAGAGAUGGAGGCAACUACACAUGCUUUGAGUACGACCACCAAACAAUAGAGAAGAAAGUAGAGGUGACAGUGUUUGGGUCCCCCAAAAUGUCAAAAUCAAAUCAUGAUGGGAAAGUUAUCAUAAAAUGCACUGCUGAAGAGAGCUGCAAAUUUCCCCAGAUCUACUGGCAAAUAGAUAACGGGCCUGAAAUUCAUGCUCAUCAUCCCCAAACUGUACAUGAAGGUAAAAAGUAUGUCACCAUAGAUAUGUUACAUGUCGUGUCUUCGAAGAACAGAGCCACCGUGAAAUGCAUUGUUCGGCAUCCAGCUCUGUCCUCACCUCUGAAGAACUAUGUCAAAAUUGGACCAAAAAAGCCCACGACCAUGACAAGUCCACCCACACCUCACUCUCAAGGGUCAAUUACAACGACCCGCUGGAUCUCACAUGGGGGAACAACAGCAUAUCUCACAACCAGAGAUGAGCAUGGGCCUUCAUCAGAGAGUUCUGCAACGUUAUCAACUAUUCCUUCCAAUGAGACAGUUACAGAACCCACACAUGUCACCAGUACUGGUGAGGUCUCAAGAACUUCUGUAUUUUCUAACACAACAAAGACUGGAAAUGAAAGUAGCAGUAAUGCAACAAGCACAACAGGUUGGACAUAUGAGACAACAGAGGAGACCCCAUUCUAUAAUGAUACAGAGGGAAAUAAAACAGUGGGCUCUAACGACCGAGAGAAGCAGACAGCUAAUAAAGGAAACUCCUCAUUACUGGUCUUCCUGGUGACAUGCCUGAUCUUCGCUCUGCUGAUUGUGGUCAUUUUUUUUGGCAUCAAGUUAAGAAGAGCACACAUCACCUGGAAGAGAGUGUUUAUUGUUACAGAGAAUGAAGACUCUGUUCCUUCAGAGGACAGCAACAAAUCAAAAUCAAGCCACGAAGAGAAGAACUCCCAAGGACAGAGGUGGAGAGGACUCUCCAACAGGGCAUUCACACAGUACGUCUCUGAAGAGCCAAAAGGGAUAACUUCAGUGAUAAAUACAGGAGCGAUGACGGCAGCAGAGAGGACAAAUAUAGGGCAAACUUUUCAGCCUCAAACCCAGGCACAAACUCCAACCAUAAGUAACAUCAAGGAGACAGAACUGUAGAAGUCCCAUACAGAUUCUCUAAUGUCAGCAACACCAUUUGCAACAUUAUCUUGCUCUCAGAAUAUGCUGAUUAGGUUGUUUUAUUGCACUUAUGACAUAGAAUGUACAUUUACAUGGAAAAAAAUGUGUUAGCAUAUUGCUUAACUGUAACUGUAGUACUGUAUUGUAUAAAUACUGUGAAUACUGUAAAAAAUGUGUGUA